AUAUUAACGGGACUGAUGGUGUGCGCGUGCUCGGCUCCCAUUGUUUUCGUGUUUUCAUUCAUCUCCGCACGCAGCGCGAACAAAGGGGCGUCAGGGUCGCGCUCUGAUUGGCUCCCGGCCACCCGACGCUGCCGCGAGCUCCGCCACAGCAGAUGGACCUCUCGUGCUCUCCUCCUCCUCCUCCUCCUUGAUGCACGCGCCCCAGUGAUUGUUUCCAACGGCAGGAGAGCUAGCGAGUUGAACAAGGAGUUUAUCGUUAACGGACAUUUCACCUUUAACGGGGAAGAAGAGGAAAGACGGGAGGAGGAGGUGGAAAAGGAGAACCGGAGAGCCUGCGUCCACCGGGUUUGCUCCCUCUUUCUGGUGAUUCAACAAGACCACACAGUCUUCACUACGCUCCUCUCAUGCUUACUGAGAAUGGAUGAUACAGAGUACGGGGUUCAGAUUGGAGAAAACAAGUUCAUCAGGAAGGCAACCGUCCUCUCACAUCUGAAGACGUACAACCUCUACUAUGAAGGACAGAAUCUGCAGCUCAGACACAGAGAGGAAGAGGGGGAGCUGAUUGUCGAGGGCUUGCUGAAUAUCUUCUGGGGUCUGCGGCGACCAAUCAGGCUUCAGAUGCAGGAUGACCACGAGCGGAUCCGACCGCCCCCCUCCUCUACGUCCUGGCACUCGGGUUGCAAUCUGGACAGUCAAGGUUCCCCCAACAGCACAGAUGGUCAACAAAUGACACAGCAGAGCCCACCCACAGUGGAAGUGACAGAACCUGACAGCCAACCAGAGGACGACGGUGUGAUGGAAGAGCAGGCAGAAGAAGACAGUGAGAGCUCUGCUCAGCUCCUCAGAACGAAGAGCGAUGCGGGCGUCUUGAGACGGGGCCAGCGACGGUCACCGAGUGACCAGAGGAAAAUUCGACGCCAUCGCUUCUCUAUUAAUGGACACUUCUACAACCAUAAGACAUCAGUGUUUACUCCUGCUUUCGGCUCAAUGACUAAUGUUCGGAUCAACAGCUGCAUGAGGACACCUCAGGUGCUUCGAGUUCUCCUCAAUAAGUUUAAAAUUGAAAACAGCCCAGAUGAUUUUGCCCUCUACCUCGUCCAUGCAAGUGGAGAGCGUGUGAAACUGAAGCGAAGUGACUAUCCUCUGGUGCUGAGAGUGAUUCAGGGUCCAUGUGAGCAGGUCUGCAAGGUUUUCCUCAUGGAAGAAGACCUCGGAGAAGAAGUCACAUAUGAUGUGGCACAGUAUAUCAAGUUUGAAAUGCCUGUCCUGCAGAGUUUCAUCACCAAACUGAAGGAGGAGGAGGACAGAGAGGUGCAGAAACUCAGAAGAAGGUAUACGUACCUGCGGUGUAUAAUUGAAAAGCAGCUCAGUUGUCUUCCAGAGGGGGCGGCGUGUAUGUGAACUGCUUCUUAAAACUGUCAGAAGUACCACAUCCUCCACCCAGCUAUGACUGAGAGAGUGACCGCUACACCCCAAUGUAUGUGUUUCAGCGAUUAUCCUGCUCCUCCUGAACUCCUGGCUCAUCCAAGCAAUCACCUUACACACACAACUUUAACAUGCUUUAUUGAUGUGCAUGUUGAGUGGGACCAUGUCAGCAAUAGUCUUCAGACCCAAUCCCCUUUUCUCUUUGUCAUCACAUAUAGUACACUCAGAAAGACAUUCCUUUACUCCUGAGUAAUUUUAACCUUUUUGCAGUGCCGUAUUUUGCAGAAUGAGCCUAAAAUGAGACAUCCUGUCUUCAGAUUACAAGCUGAUAUCCAAAAUCAAUUUAAAGCACAAACAUCAUGUAAUAUGGUCUUAAUAAAGUGCCUGUUAGAAGGUUUCUCCAAGCACAAACGCACAAACUUUGAACAUAUUUUUGAAGUUAUUGCCCUGUAGAAAAUUCUUGGGAAAUUCUCUUUUUUACUGAAAAGAACAACAUGAGACCACACCGUUUCUGUUGAUGUGAAACCGCCCAGACCACGAAGGAAAACAGUUGUGCCCUCAAAAGCUGCGUGCCUUUUAUGGUCCUCGCUGUUGUUAAAUAUUGUAAUUGAAGGAAUUUAAUUGACCCUCUCCAUUUUAUCUCAGCUGAGAAGUUCACUGCAGGGAUUAUUAAAGAUUGUGUGAACAGAUUAUCUGUUCAUGUGGUGACCAGCAGUCUCUUGGUGGUCUGAUGGAGACAACUGUUUUUCUGAAGGCAUUCACAUUGAAUGUUAAGGACAUUUUAUGAUUGAAGUUAAAGUAAUAGUUUGACAUUUUGGGAAACAUUUUCUUGCAGAGAGUUAGAUGUUUGUAUAACAGCUGCUGGUUAGCUUAGCAUAGCACAAAGACUGGAAACAACCUGCCUGGCUUUGUCCGAAGGUCCACCUAUCAGCAUCUCUAAAGCUUACUAAUUAACAAGUAGUAUCUCAUAUGUCAUCUCAAGUGUAAAAAUUACAAGUUGUGGAUUUACCGGAGAUGAUUAUUAUUUUUGAACAGACUAAACAAACUAAGAAAGUGUUAAUUAGUGAGCUUUAGAGGUGUUGGUAGGCAGAUUUUUUUAAGUUUGGACAGAGGCUAGUUGUUUCCUACUGUUUCCAGUCUUUGUGCUAUGCUACUUGCUACCUGCUUGCUGUAGCUUCAUAUUAACCAUACAGACAUAAGAGCGGUACUAAUAUUCACAUCAAACUUUCGGCAAGAAAUCAAAUAAACCUAUUUCUAUUCCUUUAAAAGAAGAAAAAUCCAUCCUGAAACAAUCUUUGGCCCCCUUUUUUUGUUUUGUGGUGUAUUGUCCUCACUUGCACUCCUGCCUUAUGUAAGAUGACAAGAAGAUGUCAUCAUGUUGAGAUUUUAAAAAGCACAGUAAAAUACUGUUUGAUCCAUGAACAAUUUUCAACAUCAUGCUUCACGAUGACUCCUGCUAGGCAUUGGACUUUGGACUGCCUUUACACAAAUGAAAGAAUAUUCACCGGUGGACUUUUUAUUUCUUUUUUAUUUUGUUACAUCCAACAGAGAAUGACACGCGUGAAAUCCCACAAGACUGUGAAUUAUGGCGAUCACCUUUGUUGGAAUAAUGUGUGUAUGAAUGAGCAUUUCAAAGCAGCACAAUUUGCUUCCACAUGUACAGCGCUUUGCUUUUGUCUGCCCGUCCGGUCAAUAUCUGUUAACAACGUUGAAAAUCUCGCCGUACAUCGUGUGUGUGUGUGUGUGUGUGUGUGUGUGUGUGUGUGUGUGUGUGUGUGUGUGUGUGUGUGUGUGUGUGUGUGUGCGAUUCUGAGAGUGUGCAUGUUAUAUUUUCAGUGACUCAUAAGACUUGCCUGCUUUUGUAUUGUGUCUUUUACAAAAUAAUGAUCUUUAAGUUGUUAAGAACUCAUGCCACUACUUGGAAAAUGUAGUUUUUUUCGUACAAUGAUUGGUAUUUAAUAAAGAAAUAAUAAUCUUGA